AUGGAUCUUUCAACUGUACUGUUGCAAGUUGAAGAAGCUUGUGCUGACUUGCAGGUACCGUCUACCCGUCAUGCGGGUGAGCAAGUCAUUAUGAGCUUUAAACAGAUGUCAGGAAACCUGGAUGCAUGCCAAUACAUUCUUGGAAUCCGUGAUUCGAGAUUAUAUUUUGUAUUCGAAGGAAUAUCUAUCGAAUUUAAAGAAUUGGAUGUUGAAUUAUUGUUUACAGCGUCCAAAAUCCUUCAUACUAUUUCAGUGAUGAUCAAAAGAAGCCUCGAUGAUUGUCAUGAAAUUGAAAAACAAUCAAUGUUGAUACAAAUUCAGGAACUUGUGGCAAUGGAUGGUUACAACCGACAAGUUGGGGUUGCUUUAGCUAAUGAAUUAGUUGAUGAAUUUUCCACAACAAAAGCAAGCAACGUCGGCCUUCCUUGGGAUUUUCAUAAAAAAACCAAAGAAUUCUUUGAAGCUACCUUUCUUCUCCCAUUGUUUGAAAUGGUUCUUCGAAUUUUGCAUCAGCGAUCACAAUUUUAUAUAGAGAAGCAACUAUCUCAGAAUUUCACAAAUGGACAUGGACAUACAACAAACAAUUUACAAAAUGAUUUGAGGCAUGAUACGCUCUUAACGAUCUCAUUGAACCUUGUAGAGAAAAUCUUGUACUGGGAUUUUGUCAGUAAAAAUGAUUCUUUGUUAGCGGGUACCUUUGCAAAAGAAGGGAACGACAUAAUAGAAGACACAUUGUUCAUCACUGCUAAAACGCGAGAAUUUCCUGCGAAUUGGAGAAGUCAUAUAAUUCAUAAUGAAGUCUUACGGAUGUUUUUCACAUUGUAUAAAAUUGUACAACAAAAUGAGGCAUUAGCACAUCAUUGUAGACAAUGUUUGAUUCAAAUUUCUGGUUUACAUGGUGAGAUCUUUGAAACUGAGCAGCAGAUUACUGAAUAUGUUACUCUUAUGGUUCACGAAAUAUCAGAAUUGAUGAAUAAUCUUUCGAGUAGUAUGCAUGAAAGAGCUGCUUCAUAUGAAUACGGGCAAAGCCUUCUUGGCAUUUCACAAAUGAUUCGAAGGCUUCUUUGUACUUUCCCAUUGCCAACCUUAUGUAAUGUUCCUGAUAUAUCGACGUUCUUGCAUGAAGUUGCUCAACUGAGUGCAACAUGUCUGAGGGAAAGUGUUAUGAAAGAUGGUUAUGGUUAUUUGAUCGAUGAUAGUUCAUGGAGUCUAGAAGCUUUUGAUGAACUGUUGGCAAUAUGGGUCAAAUUGGUCCAAGAUGUUCAAUCUUAUCGCAAUGGCCAGAACGAAAAUCGAGCAAUUCCCUUUCAUAACCUUACUGCGAUUAUGACUUUUUUAGCAGAAGCAAGCUAUCAUAUCGUUGCAACUUAUAUAGAUACUCGUUUGGAAGUAGCAAAAUUUACAGUAAAUGAUGACGAAGAAGAAGAAGCGAAUGGCUUUAAAGAUUGGGAUACUUAUGGUGAUCAACUAUUGAGUAUCUCCAUAUUAGCUCGUAUUGUUAGCCAGCAAACAUUGGAAAAGCUCCAAGCUUUGUUGCAUGAGCGUCUUAUGCAAUUAAAGUUAUUUUUUGAAGCCAUUGCAGACAACAAUAACUCCACAAUUUCAGGCAUUUAUCAUUCAUUGUUGUAUAUUUAUGAAAGUCUCCACUGGUUGAUUCUCAUAUCUGCAUGCGUAUUAGCUGAUCCUGGCGAAGGUGAACAACCUUUAAUUCCCGAUUCACUAAUGCAAUUAUCGAUUUCCCAGGACAAUCUUGGGAAGAAUCAUGAUCAAACAGUUAUGCUCCUAAAUACUGUGUUGGGCAUAUUAGACCUUGUAUCUUUAGAUACAUCUGUCAUUGAGAUAUCACAUUGUAGUCCCCGAGUUGCAGAAUCAUUAUUCUGGUUUUUUGAACGGUGGGGAAAAACCUACUUGCUUCUUGACGAAAGUGAUUAUCAAAGCAUAAGCAUAAUUUUAUCAUACUAUAAUAAUAGCAAUAAUAUAGUUUGCGCGUUUGGUAAGCCUGAACGUCACGGCGAAGGCAUGCGUAUAUUACAUUUUUUGGUAGACAAGAUCAAGACAAAUUUUAUCCUUUGGAAUGGUGAUCCAGAUCCUUUAUUACAGAUUGUCAGAUUGCUAAACUCUUAUGGAAAGAAGUCUGCGUUGAGAAACGGGUUGCUAAAAUCUGAUAAUUUCUCAGAAUUACUUACAUUUUUUACCGAAAACCUGGACCAUUUUCCACAAAUGAUUCAUAAUUCCUUGAUUCAGACGAUAGCCAUAAUAACAUCAGGUGCCGCCGAUGAUGAAAUCAAACAAUCGUACUUUCAAAUGAUCACUAGAGCUAUUGAGAAACGUUUCUUAGCAGUUUUGCAGAAGCCUGAUUUUUCACAAGUAUAUCAACAGGCUGACAUCAUUUCUGAAGUUCAAAAUGCUUUGGAGAUGUUUGAUGGUCUUGCACUGGCUUCUGAUUUUUCCAAUACAACACUUAUUUAUAAUUUUUGUUCAAAAUAUUUUGAGUUCUUUGUGAGACUUUUACAAUAUUAUAAGAAUUGCCCCGAAGUCGGAAUUCUUGUAUUACAAUUCUUUAAUUCAUUUGUAACUUAUCAAGACUUUUCCGAGUUAUCAUCAGAACAAACAAAAACUGUGUAUCAGACAAUUGUGGAAAUGCUUAAAGCGUAUUCAGAGGCUAAUAUAGGGAAGAAACAACUUUUGGCCUCUGAGGAAGAAGCUGAUGAGCCAUAUGCAGAUAUAUCUAUCUUAUUAGAUAUGCUUUCUGAAAUUAUGGCUUCGGAGUUCCAAGGUUUUGAUGAUUUGAAACAAGAAACCAAGACUACAGAUUGUGACGUAUCUAGUGUCGUUUUUUAUGGGGUUAAUCUUCUAAUACCAUUGAUUAGUCUUCAGAUUCCGAAAAUCUGUAAAGAAUAUAUGAGAUUAAUUGCACAUAUUGUGGAAUUUUACCCAGAUAAAUUAGGAGUCCUUCCUGUCGAAUUGCUUAAUAAUUUAUUUGCGUCUCUGGAAUAUGGAAUUGAAAAAUAUCCUUUAUUUGCUAUUACACCGCUCGCUCUUUAUUACCAUAAUGAAGAGCGUAAAAAAGGGAAUGCCAUACAGCAUCUGGGUUCACCUCUUGACAAAUUUUUACAAAUUGUGCUUGAAUGUUUCUUAUUCAAAGAUUUCGAAUCAGACUUAUUAGAACCGGCUUCAGAAACAUUAGUUGCUUUGAUAUGUUCAAGAAGA